AUGGGGAGAGACCAAGGUAACCAGGCUAAAGACACAAAUACCAAUGAAAACAAGAUCCAUCUUAAAAAGACAAUGGGCUAUUUAGAGGGAGUUAGCUUCAUACUAGGCACAAUUAUAGGUGCAGGGAUUUUUGUCUCCCCUACGGGAGUGCUCAAAUAUUCCUUGCUCAAUGUUGGUGUAUCUUUAAUCAUCUGGACUGCUUCUGGUAUCAUUUCGCUGAUGGGUGCUCUCUGUUAUGCAGAGCUAAUCACAGCACUGCCAUUUUCAGGAGGGGAGUACAGCUACAUAAAAAGAGCCCUUGGCUCUCCAGUGGCUUUUAUCUUUUUAUGGACAGCCAUGUUUAAUAGACCAGCCUCGAAUGCUGCUCGAGCCUUGUUGUUUGCCGAAUAUGCCAUUCAACCUUUUUAUGGUGAGUGCCCAGCUCCUGAAAUGGCGAAGAAAUGUUUGGCAUUGGCUAUUCUCUGGUUCCUUGGGAUCCUCAACGGGCGAAGUGUCAAGAUGGCUGCCUGGGUGCAGAUCGUUUUCACCUUUCUCAAGAUGAUGGCUCUCUCCAUGAUUGCAAUCGGUGGAAUCAUUCUGUUGAUCGGAGGAAAGAAAAAGAACACAGCCAGAUUUGAAAAUGCUUUCAGUGCAGAGAUUCCAGAUGCUGUGCAGAUCUCAGAAGCAUUUUUCCAAGGGUUGUAUGCAUAUGGUGGCUGGUGGUCACUCAGCUACUUGGCAGAGGAGAUUAAAAAUCCAAGCAGAAACAUUCUUUGGACUGUGGUGACUGCACUUCCUUUAGUCAUUAUUUUCUAUUUGCUGGUUAACAUUUCAUAUCUGACAGUUCUCACACCACAGGAAAUUGUUUCCUCAGUUGUUGUAGCAGUCAGGUGGGCUGAGAGAGUGAUCCCUUCAUCUGCUUGGAUAAUUCCUGCAUCUGUGGCUAUUUCUAUAUUUGGUGCCCUCAAUGGCAGCGUAUUCACUCUUGGACGGUUGAGCUACUCCGCCAGUCAGUCUGGACAGUUGCCCAUUAUAGUAUCCAUGCUUAAUAUCCACCAUUCUACUCCAGCACCAGCCAUGAUUUUGUCCACCCUCAUUGCAACUGCGUUCCUCAUUUCAUCAGAUCUAAUUUCUUUAAUGAAUUAUUUUGGAUUCUCCAUUUGGCUUAUGACUGGACUAACAUGCACUAGCGUCAUUGUCCUCCGAUAUCGAGAGCCUGAUCUACACAGGCCAUACAAGGUUUGUUUACCAGUUGCCUUUGGAAUGGUGGCCAUUUCCUUGUUCUUAGUUUUGGUUCCUAUAAUUUGGUCCCCGAAAGUACAGUAUUUAUAUGUUUUCCUUUUCAUGGUUGGUGGUUUUCUUUUAUACCUGCCCUUUAUACAUUUUCGAAUACAUUUUGAGUGGCUUGAUAACAUUACUUGCUAUCUGCAGCUGCUGCUUGAGGUUUCGCCUGCUAAUUAUAAACCUGAGUAA